AUGCAGCCCAGAGUAUCCGAUUUCCUCGAAGCCGGGGCGCCGUCCCGUUCGCGCAGUACCAGUCUCUCUAGUGACUCGCAACUCCCUCGAGUCAACCUCAUGUCCCCGCCAUCUGUCACGCCGCCGCCGGGGUUUAUCUCGUCGACCGCCGCCUCGGAGAUUAUCACCGCCGAUCAGGAGUUUAACGCCGCUGAUUUUGUCGCCGAGGAUGAAGAAACUGGUGGCGGUGCCAGCGCGCUGGUCACACCAGCUGCGCUGUCGCUAUUGAAUGGAUUCCUUGACAAUCUGUUGUUCAACAUUUUGGGAGCUUCCAAGUCCACUCAGUUAACAUGUAUUCGUCCGGCUGUUGCGGACGUGCUGAAGCCACGGCUCGCCCGAGAAGUCGUCUCGGCCGCCGACGAGGAGCUGAGCGAGUAUAUGGGAGGCGCCGAGGACGAGCAGACCGACUUCCGGGGCGGCCAAGAGCCCGGCGGCGACUUUGAUCUGGUUCGCUCGUGGAAAUUGACUCGCCUGCGGUGCAUGGUUUACACGCGCCUCGGUGACAUGGAAGAAGACGACGAAGACGAGUUUAUUGCGCUCGAGGGUUUGGGGGAAAGCGAUGGCGCACCCCGCAGAUUCUCUAGCCAUGUCGACAACAUCACUCCCGCCGCCGCCAUCUUUCUCACCUCCAUCAUCGAAUAUAUCGGCGAGCGAGCGCUCGUCAUUGCCGGCGAGACUGCCCGGUCUCGGUUAUCCGCGACUUUGAACGACGGCGAUGGACUCGAAGAACUGGAAGAACAGCGCAGGCGAAUCGAGCGACUGGUGGUAGAAGAUCUCGAUAUGGAGAAGCUCGCUCUGAACGCAACCCUCGGUCGCUUGUGGCGCACAUGGAGGAAGCGCAGACGCGGAGCCACCCUCAGUCGGUCCUUGUCUCGCGAGUCUUUUCGGCGGCGGGGAUUUUCCCACAACCGUGCGAGCAGCAGGAAAAGCAGCAUUACCACGAUUGAGGAGCCCGUAACUCCUCAGGAGCCUCUUCCCAUCGAGGUUCCAGCUCCGAUUGAUCCCACCACGGUCCCUCUGCCUAUGACCGACUACGAUGUUCAGGAGAUUGAGAUCCCCGGUUUCUCAUCGGAGCUUGAGGGCGAAGUCCAAACAAUGGAGGCCAUCGUCGCCCACAAGGUGCGGCCACGCAGCUUGAUGGUCUUCUCUUCCCCAUCGAUCGCGCCCAAGUCGACCGGGUCGAACAACAGCUCCCCGGUAAGCGCGUCAGUGGUUGACGAGGCGGUUUCGAUUCGCCAUGUUCGUUCGAGAUCGCUGCCAAAUUCCGCGUGUAGUCCAACAGAGGUAGCGCCCACCGAACCAUCGCUGGAGCAGCCCUCUCCCACUGCGGAAGAGAAGAAGCAGCUGGAGACGAUGUACGAGGACGACGAAUCGGCCGAGUAUGUGGACGCCGCCGAGACCGCACCCGGCAUCGCUAUCACCACUGCGCACGAGGAGCUGAACCCGCCUGUGGCCGAAACCCCUGAGAAAGCGAGAAUGUCGGUGGUGCACGAAGUGGAAGAGGAAGCAGGUCCGGCAGUUAACGAGGCGGUCGCAUCUCUGCGGUCUGCAGAACUUGAAAAGGACGCUGCGACCUAUUACUCCAGCAGUGCCACUGUCUCGAUUUCAUCCAUGAGUGAUGUGCCAGACCACGACCCCGAAGUGAUCGAGGGACAAGGGAUGUGUGAGAAACCUACAUUGACCUCGGCGCUCCAGCGACCCCGAAGAACCGUCAGCAGGGAUAUUGUCCAAGAAGAUGCAAAGCCGAUCACUGCAGAGACUAGUGAGUCCGAAAUGCAGUCCGAUGUGGAGAUGCAGCCACCAACGCAAGGGAUGGAGCCCACGCCGGCGCCAUCCGCCGCCACCAUCGAGGCUAUCAAUUCUUCCGAGGAUCAUGAUGCCAUUGAUAGCGACCGGAAUACAUCUGCCAUGUCGUCUACUCCUCCCAUCCCGCCUACAAAUGACGAGGCCAUUUCCGGGACGCUUUCUGAACCCGUCUUUCUCCCCGAACCCCCCGACCGGAUUCUACUUCAGGCGAUAGUGAGCACUCGCAACGAUCCCGAACUCGCCGCAGACCGAGUCCCCGUUCAGCGCAUGCCCACCCGCCCAUCGACCUCGGCGUGUUCUUCCAUUCAGAGCAAACCCCGUCGCUCCGAGAGCUUCAGCAGCGCGCGCGACAAGCGUCCCGUGACUGCAGGCUCCACCACCUCCCAGGUGUCGAACAAAUUGAAGGGACUCAUGGGUCGGCCUCAAGGCGAUUCUCCUUCGCUGCGUCUUCGGAGCUCGUCCGAAACGAGUCGUGCUUCAGGCGGUAGCGGGGACUCUCUUGAAAACGAGAUCAGGGACUUGGACAAGUUGAUCAACAGCGACGAGACUAUCCAUUACACUCUGACGCCAAAGAGUGUGAGGGAAAUGACCUUCCCUGAUUUGCCUCGUCCCAUCCCUCGCACCGAGACGACCGACACCUCGGACCUGGCUGAUUUCCUGAAGAACACUGGCCCUGUCGACGAGCCGCCUCGACCUCGCACCUCUAUCUCCUCGAGGGCAACCGGCGAUCUGGGCUUAAUCUCCCGUACCAAAUCGACCGAGUCCUCCAGGCAUAUUCCCCUCACCCCCCGUGCUAGUAUGCCAAAACUCAAGGCGGGGCAGGCCCGGGAUGCCCGGCCGACUGGCGAGUCGACUCGGGAAUUUGCAGAAUUCAUCAAGGCGACUGGGCCUACCAGUGCACCGUUCCAGCUCAAGAACUCUACUUCUACGGAGACUGCUCGGCCUGUUCGGCCUCCCUCGAGCCUUUCAACUACCUCGUCGCGUUUGAACCGGGCCCGCUUACAGGCUCGUCCCGCUGAGACUAAAGGUUCAGAAACAUCUGACUUGAUUGAUUUCAUUCGAGAAGGGCCUUCGCAGCCCGGGACCCACCGUAUCCCUCGUACAGUUGCUCCUUUCCGAAACACGAUCGACUCGGAUGAUCUUCAGUUCGAGUUGGCCCAGAGUGACAAGGGACCUACCGCGGGUAGCUCACUGGCGAGCUCCGGCCCUAACAAGUCUCUGACUUCCCUUGGCUCGCGAACUGCACUCCUGAAUGGCCAAUCUAAGGCUAAUGGACUUGCCAGUGCGCAAGACGGCUCCGAACUUACUCGGAAGCAACGCCGAGUGCGGGACCCCUAUGCCAUUGAUGACGAUGACGACGAGCUAUUGGCAGAGCUCAUGGACGAGAAACCCAAGCGAGAGGAGGAAAGCCUGAUGGAUUUCCUGCGGAGUGCUCCGCCUCCCGACUUUGAGCAAACUGCCAAACCCCUGGCCGUGAACAUUCCUCCCUCGACGAGUUCCAGCGGACCGUUAAGCCCGGCGGGCAUGAAGGCCCGUUUCCUGCACAAGGGGCCUACCUCCAAGGUCUCCUUCAGUUCGCUGCGCUCGCAGACUUCGCCCGCAAACACGUCCCAGCCCCCGCCACCACCACCCCAAUCCAAUUACUCCUACAAGGUCGGUGUGGAACGGAAUGCCGGUACUAUGCCGGUCUCCUUUAACCGCCAAACCGAGACCAGUGCACUGGCCGACUUCCUUCGGAACACCGGGCCUCCGGAGCCCGUUUCGCGCGCAUCCACCUCAUCAGGCCCGAUGAGCUCCAGGAUGAAAGAGGGAUCUUUGUCCCGCUUCUUCGUACGUCGAAAGAAGGUUGAGGCCUAA